UCUCAGAAUCAGCAGCACCACUAGUAGUGAUGCAGUCCGAUGAACAGAACGUCCAAGUAGUAGAAGCUCAGCAAACAAUGCAGUCAAAGAAAAUGUGUAAACGUGUUGAUCAGCAGCAACAAGCAGGAGGUUAUCCUGAAUCUGAAGCUUUGAACAAUCAUGACUAUAUUGGACAUAACGGACCUGGUGACUCAUAUGUCAACUCAGCAGCACAACUAGUGACGCAGCCACAACACCAAAACGGACAUUACCAGCCGCAACUAAACGUCCCAGUAGAGACGCUGCAACGUGGAGAUAUAAGCAAUGACUUUGAGCAAAAACAAUCAAAGCGAAUGUGUACAAGCUUUGGUCAGCAACAAGCAGGAAGAGUGAAACGUCAUUGUCCUGCUGAAUCUGAAGCUUUGAACAAUCCAAAUACUGGUAAUGAGACGGCUGUAAACCAGCAAAGAUCCUCAAAGGCAAGAGCAACGACAAGGUCCCUGUAUGAGUGGGAGCAAUAUGAGAGCGAACAGUAG